AUGUCCGUUCCAUUAAUUGUGAGGGAUUGGCAAAAGGAUUGCGUUUACUUGAUCCAAUUUCCUCGAGCAGGAUGUAUUCCGAGUAUAUCGCCGUACUGUCUGAAAAUGGAGACUUGGCUGAGGAUGGCCGAGAUCCCAUAUCAAGUAAGUUCUCCUACAUAAAAAGAGGAAUUUUGGGAGAAAAUUGUGGUUUUAAAUAGAAACUUGAGUCAUUUUAAUCCAAAAUUCUCAUCUUCAGAACAUCGACAAUCAAUUCAAAUUCAAAUCAGAGCGCGGCCAAUUGCCUUUUGUCGAAUUAAAUGGUCGCCAAUUGUGUGAUACCAGUUACAUAAUCGCCGAAUUAUCCCGUUUGUUCCAUGUUCCAAUGGAUGAGAACCUCACGGACAAAGAAUCCGCCGACUUUAUUGCUUAUCAAGCUCUGAUCGAGGAUUCAUUAUCAUGGUGAGGGUCUACUCUACUUUAUUUUACCAUACUUUAGGUCAGCCGCUUAUUAUCGAUCACUGAAUCUGUCAUUUUUAUCGACCGAUGAUGGACUUUUGGGGCAUUUUCAUGGAUGGAGAAGGCUGUUAUUUAGAACGUGGAUGGUGUCAAGACUCAAAAGAAAUGUAAAUGCAGACUGCUAAAGUGAAAUCAUUUACAUAUUAUAGUAUAAAAAUAGAUGUCGCGCUCAAGGAAUUGGGCGACAACUGCCAGCGGAUGUAAUGAAAGCGACCACAGAUAAACUAAAGGCCUUGGCUUCGUUCCUGGGGGAUAAAAAGUACAUGAUGGGCGAUAAAUUAACGUCGGUAGGUUAAUUUUCUGCUUAUUUCAAUCACCACGGUGUCAUAGAUGAUCACCUCUAGAUGACCUUUAAGAAUAUGAUUCUAGUUAGACGCCACUGCUUUUGGGCACUUGUGCAUGUUUUAUUACUGUCCCUUAAACAAAGAUCUCAAGAAUUAUAUGGAGACUGACUGUCGGAAUAUAAUCGACUAUCUUCGCAAUAUAAAAGAAGAGUUUUGGUCCGACUGGAAUGAAUGCACUGCCAAACUGUCCUUGGCCACAAAACCCAGACAAAUGAUGCCGGUCAAUGGAGCUUAUCCAUCCACGGAGUAGGGCAUCCGCUUCUAAAUAAAAUCUUGUUUUUUAGAAGGCUAAAAGUUCCAUCUGAAUUUGGAGACCGGGAAAUGACGGAAAUGUCGAGGACAAAUGAAUCUUUUGAGGAAUUGGAGAAUGAGAUUAAAUGA